AUGCUCGGCCGACGGCAAGUUACAGAUGGCAAGGCCGGUGAGUAUGUGUGGCAAACGUACGAGGAAGUGUACCAGAAGGUCAUGAGGAUUGGAUCAGCCAUCGGAAGCUUGGGCGUAGAGCCGGCAUGCAACAGUCAAGGAAUAUGUUAUGUGCCACUGAAUGACACCCUCGGAGCAAAUGCUGUUGACUUCAUCAUGGACCAUGCUGAGAUAUCCAUUGCAUUGGUCCAGGAGAGCAAGAUCAAAUCUAUACUAGCAGUAGUCCCUAAGUGCACAGCCCAUCUUAGAGGUUUGCCAACAGCAAACUUCCCAGUAUGA